AAGUACUUUUAUUGACUUUUUUUUUUUAAUGAAAUGUCAAUGUCAUUGAAUUCAUAGUAUUCUGAAUACAAAAGGGUUUUUAACUCAGCCUAAACAUUUUGCUCAAAAUGCUACAACUAGAGAGAAGUCAAGCGUGCCUAGCAACAUCGUGAGCAACUCGAUUUGUUGAUAGUCUAAUAAAAUGUAAAUUCACAUCAUGUAGAAAAUACAAUAAAGAUUGACAAUCUUGAAUAAUCAAGCUAAAAGUAGAAGACUUCGCUUGAUUACUUUGAAUUGCUGGACAGAAAGUAAGCUAUCAGUUUCAAGCUCUAUAUUAUGCCAGUUCUUGCUUUUAAUCCAAUUAAGAGCUUCUUUGAUCCUCAGAGCUUCCACAACCUCAGCAGAGUAAACACCAUCAUGAUAGCCCGUUUUAGCUUCAAUAAGCUUACCUCAAUUGUCUCUUGCAACUAUACCAAAGCCAUACGAGCUCUCUUGAUGAAAAAGUACAGCAUCAACAUUAAUCUUGAUGUGAUUCAUAUAUGGUUUAGUCCAAACUCAGACCUAUCACCACUAUUUUCAAAUGAUUGUGAUAAAAAGGCUUUCAAAACCAUCAAACACAACAUAGCUGCCCGACAAACCUGUUCUGCAUCAGAAGUGUCCUACAAAACCUCAAACCAGGUGCCAAAGGAGGAAGAUGAAGCUGUGUUUAGAGGCGUACCAAAAACAAACCAACAAGAUUUGGCAAGACCACAAGUGAGCAGUGCAUGGAGUACGAUUUCAGCAUGGGAAUCGCACAUGAGACAUAUAGCUGAGAUUUGCACAUGUUUUGUAACAAGGUUAACACACGUGGGAAGAGAUCCAGAGAUGGCAUGUCACAAGAAAUUUGUCACUUUGGGUGGAAUCUUCAAGUGCCAUAAUUUAUGCCAAAAACUGUUGGAUAUUUAUUUUACCAGGAUCUUAGAUCUACUCACAAGUAUGUUGUUUAACACCCUAAAUAUGAACUUUCUAAAACGAUAAUUAAACACAUAUAAAGUUAAAAAAACCUUACAUUGGUAGCAGCGAAAUAAUAUCUCCUUCCACUCAUAUCUCUAACCCUUGUAUCCUUUCUGUCGCAGAGUAUUAUCAAGAUCUGAGCCCGAAUGUCCUUCUCUUUGUGUGUGAUCCUUCACGUCUUCCAAUCUAUGAUUGAGGUACCACUUACUGUGUGUGGGCACUACUCUAUCACUAAGGGUUCGAAAUUGUGAAGAGGAACAGAGAGAGAGAUAGAGUCGGCUAUAGAGAGAGAAAGUGGAAGGCUCAGUUUUUCUGAAAAAAGCAAUCUUAAGAAAACUUGUUGAGAACUUGAAAAACUUGUUUUGAAAACUUGUUGUUUGACUGAGC